AUGACUCCUCGACGCUCUUCUCGGGCUCGCACCUCCCAACCCUCUCCUGCCCUCAUCCAACAGACCAACUCCUCCAGCUCCUCAAGUUCUACCCGAGAGAGGAGCACCCGAUCGAACCACAAAAAUGUCUCCCCCCACGAAUCCUCCGGCCACCGGUCUCAGUCCAUCGAUGACGCUGAAAGCGGCUCAAAGGACCUCCCGCACACGCGGCAGCGCCAGCGCGCCCACGACGAUGAAGACGAGGCACCUGGCGAAGAAGACGAUGAUGACCUAGAAGAUGAGGAGGAAGAGGUUACUCGGUGUCUCUGUGGUCAGCAAGACUACCCAGGCUUGCCUCCUUCUCGUCGCGAGGCCCUCGGUCGCGGCACCAUCAAACUGGAGUCGGUCCCAAUACCCUCUGAUCCCUCUGAUACCAUGGCAGACGAGAUUGGGAGCAUGUUCAUCCAGUGCGAUUUGUGCAAAGUGUGGCAGCAUGGUGGUUGUGUGGGAAUCAUGGACGAGGCAACGAGUCCUGACGAAUAUUUCUGCGAGGAGUGCCGAAAGGAUUUACACAAGAUCCAAGGCGAAGCUAAUGGAUCACGAUCCUCUACCUACCUACCAGUCGCUCCGGCGUCUUCGCCAACGCCGCCGCCGCCGCCGCCACCACCCCCAGCACCGCCAGCACCAGCACCAGUACAAGCACCAACACCACCAGCCCCAGUGCAGGCGCCCUCUCCCGCCCCAUCCUCCCGAGCAUCCUCUAGAGAGACAUCUCGGCGCUCUAAAGACCCAAAGUCGCGGAACAGUGAAGGCGCCUCCAACCCCAAGCGGCGGUCAACGAUGAAUAGUCGGGAUGCUGCAUACGACGAAGAAGAGCUGAUUCGACGCGCAAUUGAGGAAAGCAAGGAAGAUUCCAAGAGUAAUCCAGAUGAGGCAAUCAUGCGUCGGACCAAACGAAGUCGGAGUGACAGUGUGACGAACAGAGAAGGAUCAAAGCGUCCACGAACUGCCUCUCCAUCACCGACAGCUGUAUCCAAGCAUACUGCCUCUCACCCGCCGUCCGAUGAUGAGCAGAAGCAGAAGUCUGCAGUCAACGGUACUCGAAGGCAGAGGGCCACCUCUCGAGGCCAGCUCGAUAAGGAGCCCGCCAAAGACACCGACGAGGGCGAAGCAGAAGCUCCGGAGGCAGCGAAUCGUCGGAAGGAAAGGUCGAACCGGCGCAAAGGAGAAGAAUCCGAACAUGAACCGGGAUCUCCUACCAAGACUGUGCCAAUUGAACCCGAACCGACCCAAGCAAGUCCUAAUACCCCAACUCCUCAAGAGCCCACACCUGCUCGCCCGUCGACCCGCAAAUCCGGUCGUCCCCCGGCGCGCCGCGGCCGUGUCGGACGAAACCAAUAUACCAAGGAUCGAGACACAAAUGGGAAUGGAGUGGAUCAGGGAUAUAUGGCCAACUCGCCCCGCCGCGGUCAGUCACAUGAAAUCGGCGGCGACUCCCCGCGAGUUGGAUACGCCGGGGUGAAUGGCACACUUCUCAAUGGUGGGGAGUCUGGACGACCAAGCAAGCCACGGCACAUGCACCCGCAGCGAACAACAAUGAACGAGAUGAAGCGCCGCGUAGCUGCCAUCCUCGAGUUCAUCUCGCGCAUGCAAGUUGAAAUGGCCGUCGCCGGCGAGAACUCCACGCCGACCAGCAACGGCGACCGCGCUCAAGGCCUCCUCCUAAAGAGCAUGGUCGACCAAAUCGACAGUGCGAUGCCCUCGUCCCGCAGCGAUGGCGGCGAGUCCGCGCCUGCAACGACUGACGGCGGUUACGGCGAUACGUCGACGCACGACAAAGACUUCAAGGAACUCAGCAGCGUCGAGAUGAUGGACGUUCUCACGCGACAUCUGCUUAAGUGGCAGCAGGAGUACGGCAAGUUCGGGGAACGGUAG